GCACACUGCAGUGGUGGUUACGUACACUGUAAACAGGAAGUAGGUGAGACAAGCUGUUCGCUCUGCGAGUUGAAAUCAUCUCAUAGCUAACACACAUCCAGCCACAGGUCUGCUCUUCAUCAAACAGGUCUGCUCUUCAUCAAACAGGUCUGCUGACCUGAAAGCGAGACAUGGGCAAAAGCUGUAAAGUGGUGGUGUGCGGCCAGGCUGCGGUCGGUAAAACGGCUGUGUUGGAGCAACUACUGUAUGCCAAUCAUGUUGCAGGUUCAGAGCCCAUGGAGACCCUGGAGGAUAUUUACAUUGGCUCCAUAGAAACUGACCGUGGCACACGAGAGCAGGUCCGCUUCUAUGACACCCGCGGACUCCGGGAUGGGAUGGAGUUUCCUCGACACUACUACACUUUUGCAGAUGGCUUUGUACUUGUCUACAGCGUUGACAGUAAGGAGUCCUUUAAACGGAUGGAGGCCCUCAAGAAAGACAUCGACCGUCACAGAGACAAGAAAGAGGUGACCAUCAUUGUGCUUGGUAACAAGCUGGACAAGCAGGAUGAGAGGAGAGUUGACUCUAACAUGGCACAGAACUGGGCAAAGAAUGAGAAGGUGCGUCUGUGGGAGGUGUCAGUGGUGGACCGGCGCACACUGAUUGAACCCUUUGUCUACCUAGCAAGCAAAAUGACCCAACCACAGAGCAAGUCCACGUUCCCUCUCAGUCGCAAUAAGAAUAAGGGUAGUGGGUCUACAGACAGCUGAAUGACCAGACGCUGAUGUCACAUUCAAGAGGGUGGGAAAAGGGAGAAGUGGUGUGUUAAAGGGAACUCAGUUUUUGCUAAAGAACAAUUUUAAUAAAAUGAAGAAUUGAGAAUCUUUGAUUUAGAGAAUGUGGUGAAGUGAUGAUGAGAGAAAAAGCGUGAUGAUUGUAUGGAUAUUUAUAUACAGUGAGUACCGCAGGUAUUGGUAUGGCAUCCAUAUUUGAUGUUAUGGUCAAAUACUUCCUUUUAUUAUAACUGAAAUGAAAAUGCUGAUCUCUCGCCAUAUCAGCCAAGAAAUUGUAGAAUGCAAUGUUUUUGUUUGACAUUCCCAUUUUCAUUCGGUUGGAUUAUGGUCAAACCAUUCAUCCACAUUCUUUACAAUUCCCACUGUUGAUAACAGCAGUCAUAUUUGGACCAACAUGAUGUAGUUCUUGAACUACUGACAAUCAACAUUUUGAUCUCAGUUUAUACUUAGAGUUUGAACAUAUCAGACUCUUGGCGCUCACUGUAUAGAUCAAAUUAGGAUCCAGCACACAUGUACACUGGCUACUAUUUUAUUUACAUGCACGAAACAUGUAUACACGGACUGAAUCAGGAAUGGCACCAGUCACAAACUUUAUUUUUGUUCACACAAAUGCUGAAUUUCACUUGUUUUAAAAGACAUGAUAGGUGAAGAGAUUGUAUUGAUACAUUAUUGAUGAUGUACAGUUACUGUGCUGUUUGUUGAUCUGGAGAUUUGUUACAGUGUAUAUCUUUGUUUCUGAUAUUCACUGCUGGCCGUUGUACAGUGAAUGAUUGACAUUCCUUACCACGUAUUGCCUUCUGUACAGGCUUUGGAAACUUAAAUAUGAGAUAAAAGGCAUUCAAAUGAAAGUUGAAUUCUGCAUGCUCAGGUGCUACUUUUUAACACAUGAAAGACAUCACACUUCAUUGUAAAAUGUUGUAGCAUCAACAACAUGAGUCAUCUUAUAAUUGGUUAGAGUUAUUGCUGAAUUUGAAGCUGGUAUAUUUUUUACUAAGCGGUAAGCAAUACCAUGAGUCAAAAACUGAGCAGCUAUUAGUGUUUGUCUCAUUGAAAGGGGCACAUUUGUUGAAAUUGUCAGAGUCUAUCAACACUAUGUAUUAUACGUGUAUCAACUUUUUUUGUGUGGAUAUGAAGCUUUUAUGUAUUAAUAUCCAGAAAAGGUGUGUUCACUUGAUAUUUGUUUGCAUGUUUGGUAAACAAAUUAAAUGAUCUUUUUCUGUGCCUAACCAGAAACCUUGGUUGUACUGCAAAGAAUGAAGUAAUAAAAAUACAGCACAA